AUGGAGGCCGACACCGCCAGCAGAUAUCGCUCACGCAUCCUACGGGAGAUGAACGCGAACCGCGCAAACCCCUUCAACUCCCCGCCCUCGUCCACCGGCUCCCAUGGCACCGUCAGCCCGACCAUGUCGUCAGUCUUCUCCGACCCAGACGGCGAGUCGACGCGCCGUCUCAACGAGGACAUUGCCAGGAUCACCGCCUCCAAGAAGCUGCCUGUCAACUGGGAGGCUGCCCAUCGCAAGUGGCCCGAGUUCUUCUCUCUGCCCAAAGCGCGAGACGCGACCCAUGACGAUGCCGACACGAGGCCGCUCGCCACGCUAGAGAACAAACGCCCGGCCGCUCUCAACGACGAUUCGACUCAGGACGUCUGGGGCGCAUCAAAGAAGACGCGUGCCGAGAUGCAGCCGCGUGUCGACAACGAAUCCGACCUCUCCUCCCUCAUCUCCAAGUCCCCUGCUCACGCGCUGCCCCGUCAUAUGACGGCCGCCAACGGGAGGCACUCAAGCCCUUUGACCAAGGUCCACACGCGAAAUCCAUCAGACCACGCCAUUCCCAGCCAGCGACGACAGUCCAUUUCGGAGGUCCUGAAUGGCUUGCGACAGACAUCCCCCCCGCCCCGCGACGCGUCGAGGGACCGCCAGCGCGACAGUCACUCGCCCCUGCUCUCAUCCGCCAAGUCAAGUCUGACCGCAGUCCCGCCCUCGCCCGACUCCAUGGCUAGUCCCGGACACAACGCCUCGCACGUCCGGUCCUUCUUCAUGCCCGACGUUUCGCAUCUUGGUGAUUUCGUCACGGGAACUCUCAAAUUUAGCGGCUCCAUGAAGAACGGAGUUCCAAUCUUUGUCAAACACGGCAGGGUGCACGAUCGGCACGAGCGCCCUUCUGCCGCUACACACGCCCAGGUCGACGGAAUACAGGUUCCGGAAGAUGAAGAAAAGAUCUUCGUGUCUAUGGAUAUGAUCCGUGACGAGAUCAUCUCUCUCCAAGAGCACCACGAUAAGGUCCAGGAAUAUGCUGAGAGCCUCCAGCGAGACGUUGAGAAACUUGAGGGGCAGCUCAGGUCCUCCAAGGGCUCUGGCGGUGCAGGCUAUGCAGACGACAAGCUCGUGGCCCGAAAAAAUCAGUUGGAAAUAGAAGUUGCAACAUUACAGACGCGCUUGGAGCAGGCGACGCGAAAGUAUAGCGACAAGGAGUUUGAGAACGUCUCUCUUGCUCACGAGCGGGAUCGCGCCGUCAGCAGACUGCAGAGCGCCUGUGACGACAUCAGCAAGCUCACGCGCAAGUUGAGCCACAGGGAAAAGGCGCUGGAGUCUUCGCAUAAGCAGCAAGAGACGACCGACCAGAUGCGGCAAGACAAUGACACGCUGCGCCGCGAUCUCAUCUCUCUGAAGCAUGGACGCGACGCGCUUGAGCUCGAAAACUCGUCGCUGCGGACGGACAACGAGGUCCUGCGCCAGAAGCAAACGGAACUGGGGGACGAGAUUGAGUCUCUCCGAUCGCACUAUAAGAGCGUGCGACGCGAGGAUGGCUCCCUCGUGAGCGAGAACAAGUCUCUUCGUGCCGACAAUGAGUCUAUGGCCGAGGAGAUUGAAAGCCUGCGCGAAAACCUCGACGGAGCCCAGCACGAGCUUGACGCUGCCCGCGAGGAGAUUGACACCUUGCGCCGGGAGAAGUCGACUCUGCAGGAGGACAACGAGAGCCUUGUUCGUCACAACGAUAAGUAUUUCAGCGAGAACAAGAUGCUGCGCCGUGAGAACUCUGGCUUCGAGCGCAGCAUUCAUGACCUUCAUGACGAGAACCUCAAGCUCAAAGACGAAGUUGAGCUGCUGAAGCAACAGCUCGACCACUGCCGCCCCAUUCCCAAGGAGGACUUCUCCGCUCGCCUUGACGAGGAGACGGAAGAGAACAUGACCUCGGCUUUUUUCGUUCCGGACAUCACCAUCAACACGAACGAAUCGGGUCCUACGGAGGCGACGCAGACCAAGGAUCUUCCCGCCCAGCCUGAGCUCACAUCACAGAGCUACAAGACGCUAACAACCCACGUUGACGCAAAGUCGACUCGGGACACGGCGCACGAGACGAAGAAGGCCAAGAGCAAGUCCAAACAGACCGUCCAAGGUCAGAAGGUUGCAUUCUCCAUUCCCGAAGCCACGACCCAGAGCGACAGGAAUGUGGCAAACAAGAGCAAGCGCCGCAGUCGCUCCAACUCGGCGCAACAGAGUCAAAAGGGCCUGGUUAUAGACCCAUUCAACGACGUGGAGGACACAACCGGUCUGCAAUCGAUCGACAACGCGACCGAGGACCAAGCCAUCUCCCUGAACCUAUCUCUGAGGAACCAGCGCCAGUCGCAAUCGCAGGAACAGACCAGCCAAGCCCAGAAAGUCCGUCGGACAUCACAGACGUCGCAAAAAAUCAUUUUGGAAACUGAUUUGGUGGCUCAGCAUACGAAGCAGCUCAACCACGACACUUGCCCGGCGCUCUCUAAGGACGCACGCCGCGUGCUGGAUGGACUGUGUGAACACAACUGCCGCAACUGCAUAGUAUGCACUCGAAUCACGUCGCACCGCGGUGUCAUCUCGUCGACCGAAGUCGCGUCGGGCAAGAAGCGAGUCACCGUCCCCCGUCCAGUUCCCGUUACCGACCGCGAUCUGACGGCAGACGAUCCGACAAUGCGACCCUCGCAAUCUCCGGGGCACGCGCUAGCCCUUGUGAUCAAGGGCCUCGAGGAUGAAUCCCGCCACAUGCAGCUUGAGCUUUCUCGCCUGCAGGCAGCGUACAGCGGUUCCGACAAAGCCAUCGGCCGACGGGACAGAGUCGCUCUUGCUGAGGAUAUCCGGAUGCUGCUGAAGCGCCUCGAGGUCAAGAAUGACCAGAUUUACAGUCUGUACGAUGUCCUGGAGGGACAAAAGGCGGCUGGGCAAGCGAUGACCGAGGAGGAGAUAGAGAUGACGGUGCUCAACAUCACCGGCAUGACUGUUCGGGAUGUGACCAGCAACAGCGAGAACUUUACCUGGGAAGGCAUCCACGACGCUGCCUAG